UCGAAAACGACGCGCUUUCUGGAAAAUCGCUCCGGAUGCAUCGCGUACGAUCGCUCUUGCCGCUCUUGUCGAGGCUCGUGCCCCGUGUGUCGAAGAAGCAAAGUCGAAGCCGGAUGAGAAAAGGCAGAAGCCGGAGAGUAGGUGUGGUGAGGAGAACAAACAUCGCCGGGCCAAUCGUGGAGAAAGGGUGGUCCGGUGGAUGUUUGUCUUGUCGCUGCUCCGGAGGGAUGCUGUUCGUAUCGGUGAGCCAAUCGCGCGCGAUCUCACGGAAAAAUCCAAAUCUUCGCCGGAGAUUAGAACGAGAUUUCUUUCAGUCGGCUGGCUACUCGGUGCCAGUCAAUUUCCGAUUCCAUUGUUAACGCGUCGUCUAUCCGUUCACGCGCGUACGUCCGAACGAGCAACGUGGUUCUCCGACCGAUUUCCAUCCGCGAAUCGCUUUAGAAUCGAGAGCUCUCUAUCCUCCGCGCGAAAUCUUAGAAUGGUCGGUGGUCGUUGACGAACAGUAACAUGUUGCGCGGAAAGAACAGGAGCAAAACGGUGAACGAGGAAGAGGAGGGCGAGCCGAAACAGAGGAGACCCAAGUGCGCCCGGUGUAGAAAUCACGGCUUGAUCUCCUGGCUGAGGGGGCACAAGAGAGAGUGUCGGUACAGGGAAUGUCUUUGCCCGAAAUGCUCCCUGAUCGCCGAGAGGCAGAGAGUGAUGGCUGCUCAGGUCGCCCUGAAACGGCAACAGGCAGCGGAGGAUGCGAUCGCUCUGAAAAUGGCCAAGGUGGCCACCGGUCAGAGGCUCGAUCGUCUUCCGCCGGGCAAGAUAUUUGGGAUGGCAGUGACCGAGCCAAAGUCAGUCGUAGACACGAACGACGAAGAGGCGGCCGUUGAUUCUCCCGCGACGGGGAACGGCGAUCACUCGAAGACGGGUGGUUCGUCGAAAGAGCCGCGAUGCCAGGAUUCGCCGAGAGAGAACGAGAGCGCGGGGAAGGUGCAGCACGGAGGCCUGGUGUUCGGCGAGAACCGUGCGGAAGACGCGAAGGAGAGCAGCGUGUCGCAGACCUCGGUCGAGACGUUGGCUCGACUGUUUCCCAACACGAAACUGUCCGUGCUGCAACUGGUGUUGCAGCGAUGCGGCCAGGACCUGUUGAAAGCCAUCGAGUACUUCGCCAGGGACAGUCUCGGAGUCGAGCCGACCGCCUACGCCUCGGCGUUUCGGCCGCCGCGAUCCGCCGACGAGGCCAAGGCCGGCGAACAACUCGCUGGCACCGUGCUGGCUCCGAUCUACUCCGGUUUGUCGAGGAAUUUCUACGGGGACGGCUACUGUCUGUUGAACAUCGUGCCCGAUCAGCUCUCGAAGAACUUGGUCGACGCGGCCUGCACGGCUCUCCCCGACAAGAGCAGCGAACGAGAAGCAGCGGGACUGAACGUUCGGUACAACAAUUAUUUUAAUUCCGGGCUGCAGCAACACUUGAGGGAUCACGUGUACGCCCAGGUCGCGGAUCACCUCUCUCCGCGGCCCAGUUUCCUGCACUUGCCCCCGGUCCUGCCCACCGCGGGCAUCCCCUGCGUGCAGCCCAACUGCGCCCAGUGCAGCUACAAAUUCACCCUGUAAACCCGUUCCCUCCCUCCAGAUGU